AUGACCGCCAUCUUCUUGCUCAUAAUCUCGUGCCUCGUUCACGUCGGGUCCGCGGCCCUCUGCGCCGGCCUCACGCCCUACUCGUACGAAUUUGCUAUCAAGAACAAUGCGCAGUUUGCGCCAGCAAUCAACGAGCUCAAAAAAUACCCCGUCGCUAUGUGGUACGCCGACAGUGGCGGCAGCGAUGCCAUUGGUGCGCUCCUUGAGGCCUGUCCUACGGACACACCGGUCAUUGUCGUCUACGGUCUGCCCGGGAAGGACUGCGCGGCCGGCUACUCGGGCGGUGGUGCCAACUACAACGGGGACCUCUACAAGGCGUGGCUCCAAAAGCUCACAAGCCAGGUUGGCAACCGCAAGGUCAUCUACAUUCUGGAGCCCGACGCCGUCGGUCUCCUUGCCAACAACAACUGCGCGACGCAGAACGGGUAUCUCGGCAACCUCCAAGCAGCCGUCCAGAUUCUGUCGGCCAACGCCAACGCGCAGAUCUACGCGGAUCUCGCGUCGUGGGCCAUCCAAGACAAGGCCGUCGCGAUUCUCAAGAGCCUCGGCAAGGUCACGGGUAUUGCCAUCAACACGUCUGGUUAUCAUGCAACCACCGAGAUGAACCAGAUCUGCGAGUCGUACUCCAAGCAGACCGGCGGCCUCCACUGCAUCAUUGACACGUCGCGCAACUUUAACGGGUCACCGCAGAACGAGUGGUGCAACGCGCGGUCGGGUGGCAUUGGCGCGUCCCCGACGGCGCAGACGGGCAACCCGCUCGUCGACUACUACCUCUGGAUCAAAGUGCCGGGUGAGUCGGACGGGCAGUGCUACGGCCAGUCGGGCGAUGCGAUGAUCGGUCCGGGCGCCGGUCAGUUCUUUGCAGACGGCUUUAAGUCCCUCUGGGACCAGGGCUACUUCGUCGCGCAUGGCUUUCCCAAGAUCGGUCAGAGCGCGGGGUCGCCGACGAUGGCACCAACUUCGACGCCGGCUCCGACAACAAAGACUCCGUCGCCAUCGACGCCCCAGCCAUCGGCAGCCCGUACUGCGACCCCCGCACCUUCGACGUCGAACCCGUCAGUGCCGACGGCGUCGCGACGGGGUCAGUGCGGUGGUAUUGGGUAUUUGGGACCCAUGCUGUGCAGUGGAAGCUAUAUCUGCACGUUUGUAAACGCCUACUACUCGCAAUGUCUGUGA